UUCCCCUUUUCCCCAAUCAAUUAAGUUUUAUUCCAAUCAAGAGAAAAUCAUAGAAUUGGGAUUUGAUUGAGGAAUCUACUGUGAACUAUAUGUCAUGGAAUCAAUAUGAACUGGCCACUAAGUGGGCGUGGAUAUUGCAACUGUUGAUUGUUCGUUUCGAGUCCAUCCCUUGACUGGAAAUUUAAGCUACCAUGUCCAACCAUACUCCAAAAAUGAGUUUUGGUGUAUAAAUCUUCUCCCACCAUACACCAAACUCAAACCCAUUUUUGAUGUUUUUUGUGAACAACACCAAAUAUGGUAAAUUUUGAAUUUGGUGUAAAUGGUUGGAGUAAAACUACUUUUUGGUGUGACGUAUACUCUAAAAUGGGUUUGAAUUUGGUGUAAAUGGUUGGAGAUGGUCUAAUUUCCAGAUUACUUAUUUCAUACACUUCAUACUAGUUCAUAGCCGUGGUGGUUUCACCCAAAUCUUUGAAAUUUAGUACUAGUUCGCAACAUUUCAUUGAGUUCGUAUUUUUUUAACAUAACUUUGAAAGCAAAAGCGUUCACCUGCAGUAGAAGGUAGGGUUUGGACCAAAAUGCUACUGGAAAUUGCGGUUUACAGUUCAAUUGGAAUUGUGAUCAUGUGUGUGCGCUCUGUUCUCCCCUCGAAAAAUUAGCCUUAGAGAUACAUUGAUUGAAUGCUGAAUGUAGCGUGGGCUGCCAUGGGCACUGAGCUAUCAGAGGAAAUCAAAACGCUUGAGGAAUUUGUUGAAGGGCGCUUGAAACCUAAUCUUGUGCGUGCUAUUGCUGAACGGGACAAGGUCUUUGAGCGGCAGAAGACUUUCUCUGACCUUAGAAAAAACAUCGAGAAUCUGAAGAAGAAUACGGUGACCAGUAUGAGGACACUCGUCAACAUUGGCGCCGAAAUCUACACGGAAGCUGUAGCGCCAGAUACUCGGCAUAUAUUCGUUGAGGUAGGACAUGGAUUUUAUGUGGAGUUUACAUGGGCUGAAGCUCUGAAGUAUAUAGCUGAAAGGGAAAAAUUACUAUCCAGGCAAAUAGAGGAGUACACUGGCAAAAUUGGAGCUAUAAAAGUACAAAUCAAAGUGGCAUUGGAAGCGAUAAGGAAAUUACUCAACAUACCAGAUUCUGAGCUAUAAUCUAUACGCUAUUCAACAUCAAAUUGUUCAGAGUUACUAAGAUAUUUUGGCAUAAAAAAAAAGUGAAACAUGAUUUUGAUUGUGAGAGAAAUUUAGAUAGGAAAAGACUAGUCUUUGAAGGAGAAAUGGAGAAUGUAUUCUGUAAACACCUGCCAUAUGCCUUUCCUUUUUCUUUUGUUUUUAUCAUCAAGGAUCUAUGUUAAUUUCCUGCUGACGUGCUCAACCGUGCCAGUGAAUUUUAAUCAUGAAUUGAUGAUAGUGUGAAAUUUUAAUUUA